UCUCUGGAUCGUUGUUAUGGUUCACUUUGGCGGUGCUGUCUGUCGGUUUUGUACUUUGAGGUUUUGUAUUGCUACCAAAUUCAUAGAAUAAUUGAAAUACAAGAAGCUAUUGCUGUUGCUUCAGAAUAAUAAUAAUGAGUGUGGAUGCAGCCAACGAGAAUGAUCAAGAUACUGAUUCUGCAGUUAUUGAGGAAGAAAGGAAAAUUUUCCAUAACAUUAUUGCAGCCUUCAAGCAUUACCGAGCUAAUGCGUUAAACCAUGUAACAAGAAAGGAAGCAUAUAUCAACUCUCUUCCCGAGAACCAUCAGGAUAUGCUAGUGAAAUAUCGUGAGGUGUUACAAAAAGUCCGCUAUUGCAUUGAUAUUAAUAACAAAGUUAUCAAGCACAUAAUUCAAGAUGCGGAUUCACUUUUCUAUAAUGAUUCCAGUGAUGUGUAUCAGAUAAAACCAAUAACAGCGGAUAAAGUUCGAAAUCAGGAUGUACAAAAGGUCCAGGUUACUCUCAAACAGAUCGUUCGUGAUUGGAGUACAGAAGGACAAGCAGAACGUGAUCAAUGUUAUAAACCAAUAGUCGAUGAAAUUAUUAGUUUCUUCAGUCCUCAGAAAUGCAACGUAGCAGAUAUAAAAAUUUUGGUUCCUGGAGCCGGUCUCGGGAGACUUAUUUAUGAGAUAGCAUAUUGUGGAUAUUAUUGCGAGGGAAACGAAUUCUCUCUGUUUAUGCUUAUUGCAUCUAACUUUGUUUUGAACCGUUGCGUCAUCGAGAAUCAAUGUACGUUCUAUCCGUGGGUGCACCAGUACGUGAAUAAUCUCUACAGAAACAAUCAAAUUGAAUCGGUCAUGUUCCCAGAUGUGAGUCCGACCAAAUUUCCACCCAAAGGAACUAUGAAUAUGAUUGCUGGUGAUUUUCUGCAAGUAUACCGGGAUGAAGAUUACUGGGAUUGCGUGGCGACCUGCUUCUUCAUAGAUUGUGCAAACAACAUAAUCGAGUUCAUAGAGGUUAUCUACAACAUCCUUAAGCCGGGUGGUAUCUGGAUCAAUCUGGGCCCGCUGCUGUACCACUUCAGUGACGCGCCGCACGAAAAUAGCAUUGAACCGACCUACGAAGAUUUGAUAGUUAUCGUGCGUGCCUGUGGGUUCAAGAUCUUGAAAAAUCGAACCGACGUUAUAACCAAGUACGCUCAGAAUCCUUCUUCAAUGCACCAAAGCGAGUACAAAAGUAUCUAUCUUGUUUGUCAGAAGCCAGAUGGUGUCAUGGGAUAGUAAUGAUAUCUGGAAUUAUUGCGAAAUAAUGUUUUUCAAUCCUGUACCAUGACAAGAGUUAACACGUUUUCAAAUUAAGACCGUCGAAAGAGGCUUGCAUUAAAAUUACAGUAGAUAGUAAGUUUUGUUUAAUACACGAAUUUUGAUGGUGAAAGUGCCUGGCAAUUGACAGAACUAAAAUAGCCAAAUGAAACAAUACACAUGUUGCAGCACCGACGUUUAGAAUCAAAAAUACUACAAAAGCGAUACAAUCAGGUAGUUUCUAAGAUAAAUAGAACGAGAAAUAAAAAAAUGACCUAAAACGAA